ACUCUGGCCCAACCGGCAUUGACCAUGCAUCCUCGCUUGCCAUCCUGUCAAGGUCAGCAGCACGGCCCCCCCCCCUUCGCAUCUUGCCCAAUCCCAAGCGAAUACUUGCUGUAGUCCAAGAUGCCAAAGGCAGCGAUCCUCAAGCGCUUCCCGCUGCGAUUCGAGAAACGGCAACUCGAGCUCGAGUGGAGCAAGUUUACAAGCGUUGCCUCGCGCCGAUACGACAUCAAUGUUGCUUUCUGCUUCAUCUACUUGGUCGCCGUGUUCUUGAACUGGGGUACUACCCCGACUGUCAACUUUGGAGGCAAGUUGCUACAUUUGGUUACACGACAGGACUACUUGAUCCUGGCCGCUGUUUCCACCGUGAGCACAGAGCUGCCUUGGUUCUUUGGAUGGGCUGUCGCGCUUAUGCUUGUCGUCACAAAAACCCUUCCGCGGGCCAAAAAAUACCACUUUUACUUUGACACCGCGAUCCUCCUUGGGGUUCUCGCAACCGUUACUCUGAAUGUCGACGGCCACACACCUCAGUUCCAGGGACUCACAAUCACAGCCGUCCAGACCGCCUUGCUCUAUGGCCUGACUGCUGGCUUCCAGAUUAGAAGCGCCGCCGAGCACUAUUCGGCCGUUGUGAUCUUCAUCAUCAGCUCUGGCAUUGUUUGGGGAGUCCUUUAUCCGCAGUUCUUCUUGGGAAUGGGUGGCUUUCGGGCACUGCUCCUGGUCAUCAAAGUAGUCUUGACUGGGCUUGUGGCCGCCUAUGCACAGGAUCUGGUCCUGCGCGAAGCCUUUUUGGUUGCCCGCCGAAUCCAGCAGCACCAGGAGCUUCCGCGCGCAAACCGCAGUAUCAACAGCGAGCUGGCAUUCUACUUCUCCGAGAUCAAUUUUGAAACCGGCAAGUAUAUUUUUCCGAUCGAGAAGCACAUCAAGGUCGUGACAAUGACCCGGCUCGAGAAGCUCAAACGCUUCUGGCGCCAAUGGAUCUACAUCCGCUUUGUCGACAAUGAGCUGGAGCAGGCCUACCUCGGGGACUAUCGAGCAUAUUCGAUCCACCUCCAUGUGCUGACGCUCAUGAUGAACGUAGGCGGUGCCUGUCUAACGUUCCUGUUCGAGGGCAACGAUCCCUACGGACUCGCCCAGGCCGGGGUCGUUAGCACAUCCACCUUGCGGCUCAUCUUUGGCAUCAAGAUGGCGUAUUUCCCUGUGAUGCUGUUGAUCCCGACCCUGGCGCUGAUUUCCAAGCGUAUCCGAGGAUCGCCAGCGGCCUGCCAGAAGGUGAUCUUGAUUGCCUCGAUCGGCAACAUCGUGGGCUGGUUGGCCGCAUAUCUGUCCCUGGGCUCGCUGAAAGUCACCGACCCGCUGGCGUUCCAUCGUGCCCUUGCUGGGUUCACAGCGGCCAUAUUUUCGGCCGGGGUGCAAUCGGGACUGCUCUCGUACCUCUUGCUCCCGCUGCUGGUCGUGGUGAUGCUGGCCCACCUGGCGCUGAUCUUCCUGUUCAAGAUGCCCUUCAAGCAGUACUCGCUCACGGCGCUGCUGGAGGUUUGCCUGACUGCGGCUGGAGUCUGCCUUGUCAACGAGUUUGAGUUCCGGAAGCUGUUCCUGCUCCGAAAGUGGGCCGAGGACUUUGUCGAUGUCGAGAAGAUCAAGUUUGUAUCCAAGACUAUCGAGCUCCCCAAGUCGCUGAGCCGCGCGAACGUCACACUCCAUGGAACUCUCCGGACGACGGACUACAUGCCGGAGGAGGAUGGGCAGAAGGCUCCAGAAACCCCCGCGCAGGGGAUGGAGGCUUGAAACAAUCCCAAGCUCCGAAUCGGCACGGGCUGGUGCUGACGGUGGUCGUAGUGGCAGCAGCGGCGCAGUGGUGAUAGACGCAGGGACGAUGCAUUUUGAACGGGACAUCUCUCGUUUCCACCGGGCGGCAUUGUCGUUGAUGGCCUCCGUCCAACAGACCAUUUGCAAUGAAACGGAUCGCCUCGGGAGCCUCCGAGUGACGACAUCGAGUCUGUCUCUGGUCUCCACAAUCGCCGUGCACACAGCGAUCAUGUUGCGCCGGAUUGACGCCGCAAUUGCCCGCUGAACGACAGCAGCCGGGAUUGUAGCAUCGCAGCGCAGCGAUGGAUGUGCAUUCAGGACCCAGAGGAGGGGGUCUGGACUGGUGGUUGGUUGAGGACAUUUGUGUCUGGGGCCACAGAGCCGCUCGUGCAUCGUC